AUGGCUCUGUCCGAGGUGCAUAAUCUGGCCGCGAUUAUCGGCAGCAAUGCUUUCGCCGCUGGCAAGAAUAACGAGACCGAGCACGGUGCCAAUAUGUUGGAAGUACCACGGAAAGUUUACUCUAGAGACGUGCACGGUGUGGAGUACAAUCAUUGGAGCUAUGACUUAACGGGUUGCGGCACAAAAAGAAACAUGAAUAUCGAAGACGAGGAUAGUCAAGACUUAAACAAUCCCAUGAUCAACGACUUGGUAUCAAAGAUUCUCGACGAAGAUUCUAUUACUAUUGACACCUGUCAUAAUAAUUACAACAGUGGAAGUACUCAUUAUCAGACGGAUUACGCCAAUUCUUACUCCAAUCAAGUCGCUGACAGUUUGGACUACCUGACCGAUGUAGAUCAUUUGAUCACUCGUUAUCCGCUGUCCAGCAAGUUACACAACAUUCACAAUAAUGUCAAGAGCGAGUACCGUCAUUCCAACAAUCUCUGCAACGACCUGAAAACACUGAAUCUCAGUACGUGCGUGCGACAGUCCGUGGAGCAGAGCAAUGCGUGCAGCAACGAUAUCUUGCCAAGCGCAUACUCGUCUGAUCCACGAUCGGUGCACAUUGUACACUCCAACGAUGGUGGCAUGUACACGAGUGGGAGCAGCAUGCCAUUGUGCAAUGAUCUGUUAACGACUACGAGCGGAGCGAAUUAUAGUAAACAGUCGAACAACUGGACGGAACCCCUCCAGUUGACUCCAUCGAUGGGAUGCCGAGCCGAGCUGACAGGGAACUACUCGCGAAUCUCAAAUUGCGCUAAACCGGAUCUCAAUUUUAAUGUCACCGCGUUAACCCUGGCUCUGGAUUCACCGAACUCCGUUCCCAUCAGCGAGUUCGAGUACCAUAACAGCGUGAGGCAGAACGCAUCGUCUAAUUCGUACAGUAAUUCUAUGGUCAACAUGCACGACAUGUACGGUGUUACCGGUAACCCUAGCCAGGGUCCCGGCUACAGACCCAACUCGGCGAUGACCGAUCUAAGCGUUGAUUCCGGCUUCUUGUCGAACUCACCGUUACAACAUUUCUCGCCUGCCGAUACGACUUUGCACACCUGUUUUGGGAGUGGUAUGCAACGCAACGGCAUCGGUGACUUCAAGGACGUUCAUGAUACUACUAGAUUAAAUAUGACGAGUAUCAACAUACCUAACGAGCAGAUUCAGUUCUUGCAAUCACAAGCACGUAGCUACAAACUGGAUCAAGCAGUGGACCAAGAUUACAAAAACUUAAUCGAUUAUUAUCCUCCCGGUACAAACAGCUUUGUCACAUCCUCGGCGAGUAACUUAGACACGAACGAGAACGUUUGUUUCCCUAGCGACUGUAGAAUCGAUAAUAGCCUGUUAAAGAUGAUUAAUCCAAAAUCAAAGUCCAUUGAAACCAAAACUUAUUCACCCAUAGGAUUUCCAAAAAAUCUGAGUUCGCGCAACUUGUAUCAGCCUAUUGCUAAAUACGGCUGUCACAAUUAUCAACAGUACACUGCCAACAGUGGCGACACUUUGAAGAUACUGCAGCAAAAUUCCACGUUUUAUCACAACGAUUUAAAGCAGCCUAAAGUCAACGCGUACAAAUUGGACGGAUUUGAUAUGACUAAAGAGAUCGCGUUCCCCUCGGGAAGUCAUUUGACCGACCAUGUCACUGGAUCUACAAUGGACAAAGAUGCCUUUAAUCAUAUUUUGAAACAACGACACCAUAUAUCGAAAAUACAGAGCAUUCCAGCUGGGAUUCCACCUCCUGAUAUCAUUUUUAACUCGGGAAUGAUGUCGAACACAAAUACCGUGAGAUCUGGAGCGUUUCCAUCGGUGAUGCCAGUUCCUGUUCCUGUACCGGUUCAUCCUGUACCACGACUAUUUUCCGCUCUUUACGGGGGAAACUUGAGCUUUAGAAAUGGCAGCGGCGCGGCCAGGAAGACAGGACCCUCAAGUAUAUUGCAUUUUAAUCUUGAACAAACAUAUGAACAAUUCAAGCAGUUGGAAAAGGAGCGCAAGAAAUGCGAGGCUGGAUUGGCCGCACAUUUCCCGGGGAAACGAGUAACCAGCGCAAAUAACAUACCCAUCCCACGUCUUCAGGGAAAUCCAUCGAGGGUGGAUCGUUUGAUAAUCGAUUAUUUGAGGGAACACGCUCGUGUCAUUACAUUGAUAGCAAAGAUGGAACGCUUACGCGGGACCACGAUGAAUCAACGUGUACACAAAGCCAUGGAAUAUUGGCUGGAAGCUAUUAAAUACGUUCAAGAGUGCCGCAAGCAAGAGAUCACGAAUGCUAUCAAACGUCAGAAAGAGAAUCUACAUUGCAUUGUAGCGUAUGAUGACAAUGAUAUUCUGACUUUGGCUGGAAGCGUUCACGAAUUGACGAAGGCAUCGCGUUACGCGCGAACUGGUAUGUAUAACGCUCUUCAAGCUACACUACUUUAUGACUUGGACAUAGAGAAGAAAGUCAUCCAGACUUCUAAGGAUCCAGUCUUAGAGGCAAAAAUCGAUGGCGAAAGACAAACGAAAGACGGAACCAACGAUUACACAAGCAAUACCUAG